CGAAACCAGAAAGCGACAACAACCGUUGAAUGCUUUUCCAUCACUAUCUUCAUCAGCUCAAGCUCUGCGCGAGGAACCGAACCCUAACCACUGCCAAAUCCCUCCAUGCCCAAAUCAUCAAGCUCGGGAUCAUCCAGUGUCUCCCUUUGGCCAACACUCUCGUCAACGCCUACGGAAAAUGCAGCACCGCUUCUCAUGCACUCCAACUGUUCGACGAAAUGCCUCACAGAGACCACAUCGCUUGGGCCUCUGUUCUCACAGCUCUUAACCAAGAAAAUCUCUCUACUAAGACACUCUCGAUGUUUUCUUCUAGCGGCGGGUUGCGCCCGGAUGAUUUCGUGCUCUCGGCGCUUGUUAAGGCCUGUGCGAACUUAGCAUCUGUUAAUCACGGGAAGCAAGUUCACUGUCAUUUUAUAGUCUCUGAGUAUUCUCCUGAUGAUGUUGUUAAGUCUUCACUGGUUGAUAUGUACUCGAAAUGCGAUUUACCUCAUAGUGCUAAAGCGGUUUUCGAUUCUAUAAGAGUGAAAAGCACCAUCUCAUGGACCGCAUUGGUAUCUGGGUUCGCCAAAAGCGGAAGAAAGGAAGAAGCUUUGGAGCUUUUCAGGAACAUGCCAAUCAAGAAUUUGUAUUCUUGGACUGCAUUGAUCUCUGGUUUUGUGCAGAGUGGUAAAGGGCUUGAGGCUUUCUCUGUGUUUACUGAAAUGAGGAGAGAAAGUGUUGACAUUUUGGAUCCUUUAGUUCUUUCCAGCAUUGUUGGUGCUUGUGCUAAUAUGGCUGCUUCGAUUGCAGGGAGGCAGGUUCACGGUUUGGUUAUAUCUCUAGGAUUUGAUUCCUGUUUGUUUAUUAGUAACGCGCUUAUCGACAUGUACGCGAAAUGCAGUGAUGUUAUAGCUGCAAAGGAUAUUUUCAGUAGGAUGCGUCACAGAGAUGUAGUUUCUUGGACAUCGCUUAUAGUUGGAAUGGCUCAGCACGGUCAGGCUGAGAAGGCAUUGUCUUUGUAUGAUGAUAUGGUUUCACACGGUGUGAAGCCUAAUGAGGUCACGUUUGUCGGGUUGAUAUACGCCUGUAGUCAUGUCGGUUUUGUAGCUAAAGGCCGUGAGCUUUUUCAAUCAAUGAGCAAGGACUAUGAAAUUAGCCCGUCCUUGCAGCAUUACACAUGUUUAUUGGAUCUUCUUGGCCGGUCUGGACUCAUUGAUGAAGCUGAGAAGCUAAUUCGUACAAUGCCGUUUCCUCCUGAUGAACCAACUUGGGCUGCUUUGCUUAGCGCUUCUAAGCGACAGGGGAAAAGUCUGAUGGGUGUAAGAAUUGCUGAUCAUCUCUUAAGUUGCUUUAAACCGAAAGAUCCAUCGACUUAUAUACUUUUAUCAAAUGUCUACGCAAGUGCUUCUUUGUGGGGGAAAGUUUCAGAGGCAAGAAGGAAACUAGGAGACAUGGAAGUUAGAAAAGAUCCAGGGUACAGCAGCGUAGAGGUUAGGAAAGAAACCGAAGUGUUUUACGCUGGAGAAACAUCUCAUCCUCUAAAAGCAGAGAUCUUUAGACUGCUUAAGAAGUUGGAAGAAGAUAUGAGGAAAAGAAAUGGUUAUGUUCCUGAUACGAGUUGGAUCUUACACGACAUGGAUGAGCAAGAGAAAGAAAAGCUUUUGUUUUGGCAUAGCGAGCGAUCCGCUGUUGCUUACGCUUUACUUAAGGGUGUUCCGGGCAGUCCCAUACGGAUUGUUAAAAACCUAAGGGUUUGUGGAGAUUGUCAUGUUGUUAUGAAACAUAUAAGUGAGAUUACAGAAAGAGAGAUUAUAGUUCGAGAUGCUACUAGAUAUCAUCAUUUCAAAGGAGGAAAAUGCUCCUGUAAUGACUUCUGGAAGAAAAAUACCUUUGUUUCUCUUUCUAUUACUAACCAAAAAUUGAUGUCUCAAACUCAUCGAUCUGUGGAGAUCCAUACUCAGAUCAGAUCGAAAAUGGUGACUAACACUGAAACGGUAGCUCCGGUGAGCAACGGCGUUGACGGAGGAUGUUGCAAGUCAGGUCCCGGUUACGCGACGCCACUCGCCGCCAUGUCUGGUCCACCGGAAAAGCUCAUCUACGUCACCGCCGUCUACACUGGAACGGGACGAGAGAAGCCUGAUUACUUGGCCACGGUGGAUGUUGAUCCGAACUCACCUACAUAUUCAACCGUCAUUCACAGAUUGCCAAUGCCUUUUGUGGGUGAUGAGCUUCAUCAUUCUGGUUGGAACUCUUGCAGCUCUUGCCAUGGUGAUGCCUCUGCUGAUAGACGUUUUCUCGUCUUACCAUCCCUUAUUUCUGGUCGCAUCUAUGCGAUUGAUACAAAGGCAGACCCGAGGGCACCUUCUUUGUAUAAGUAUGUGGAUCCUAAAGAGAUUGCUGAAAAGACUGGAUUGGCUUAUCCACACACUGCUCAUUGCCUUGCCUCUGGUGAGAUCUUGGUGUCCUGUCUUGGAGAUGAAGAGGGAAACGCCAAGGGGAAUGGGUUUCUUCUUCUUGACUCUGAUUUCAACAUCAAGAAUAGGUGGGAGAAAGAAGGACACAGUCCCUUGUUUGGUUAUGAUUUCUGGUACCAACCUCGGCACAAGACCAUGAUAAGCACUUCUUGGGGAGCACCUAAAGCCUUCUCCAAAGGUUUCGAUCUCCAACAUGUGGCUGAUGGGUUAUACGGAAGUCAUCUUCAUGUUUACAGUUGGCCAGGAGGUGAAAUGAAACAACUAAUUGAUCUUGGAGAGACUGGCAUGUUACCUUUAGAGAUUAGGUUCUUGCAUGAUCCAUCUAAAGAUACAGGGUAUGUUGGGGGUGCUUUGUCGAGUAAUAUGAUAAGAUUUUUCAAGAACAGUGAUGAAACAUGGGGCCAUGAGGUGGUCAUAUCAGUUAAACCACUGAAAGUAGAAAACUGGAUUCUCCCAGAAAUGCCUGGGCUCAUCACUGACUUCUUGAUCUCCCUCGAUGACCGGUUCCUCUACUUUGUAAACUGGCUUCAUGGAGACAUUCGUCAGUACAACAUUGAAGACCCUAAAAACCCUGUCUUAACAGGUCAAAUUUGGGUGGGAGGAUUACUACAAAAUGGCAGUCCUAUUAAGGCGGUUGGAGAAGAUGGUAACACUUUCCAAUACGAUGUUCCUCAGAUCAAGGGGAAAUCUCUAAGAGGAGGACCUCAAAUGAUCCAGCUGAGCCUGGAUGGGAAACGAUUGUAUGCAACGAACUCGCUCUUUAGCGCAUGGGAUCGUCAGUUUUACCCGGAACUCAUGGAUAAAGGCUCACACAUAAUACAGCUUGAUGUUGAUACAGAGAAAGGUGGUCUCUCCAUAAACCCUGAUCUCUUUGUGGACUUUGGUGAUGAACCUGAUGGUCCUGCGCUAGCCCAUGAGAUGAGGUAUCCAGGUGGAGACUGCACUUCCGAUAUUUGGAUCUGA